UUGUGUAUAGUGAGAGAGAAGAAAAAUACUUCACGCAUCACUGAAUUUUGUAUUGUCUUUUAUGCACGGGUAUUCAUUCGAACGAAUUUCUGCCAGAUUAAAAAAAUAAUUAGCUAGUUUAAACUCGUUUGAAGCAGUUUAAAUUAGUUUGAAAUCUCGUUCGAAAAAAUUAUUUCUCUAUGGUUGGUUAUUAGUAAGUUCGAAUUAGCGUGAAAACAUUUUCAAACACCGUUGAUAAUUAAUUUAAACGAAGAACAGAAUAAUUUAAAAAUGUAAUAUUAAGCAUAACAAAUAUAAAGUAUAAAGAUAUAAAUAUACAAUAACAGAUAACAUGAAACAUAGUGAAGUACUAACGAUUGAAAAAUUGAAACUUGGCAUGGAAAACGAAAACAAACACGAAACAACAAACACUGCAGAAUUACUACGAAACGGCAGGAGACAAACCGCCACAAACCGCCGUGCACCAAACUCAAAUAGGUUCUUUUUGUUCUUAAUGUAUAUUCUAGAACCUAUACUGCCUUCUGACGGUACCAGAUCCGACGGACGUAUUGCAAGUGUCGUAUAUUUGAUUUGCUUAACAACUGCCGGUAUUGUUAUGAAUAUGACUGCUUGGUUGCAAAACGAUUCAAAAGUUGCCGGCAUAACAACUGACCAUAUUGACGGAUUUUUAAUAACCUGCAUUUGCCCUGCACUGAUCUGGAUAAUGUACAUAUUUUGUAAACAAAACGACCGGAAAACUGUUGACUUUAUAAGUUCGCUACCACAUUCACAUAGACCUUUAAUGGCAGGUGCAUACGUAUUCGGUGCAGGAAGUUCAGUGAUGGAUAUUUUACAUAUUUCCUUCUAUCUUCAGUGUUCUCGUAACAUCUCUAGUCUCUUUUUUUCACUUUUCAAGGCGAUUUUUAUCUUAACACAAAUCUUAUUUUUACGUAAAUUUGCGAAUGCAACUUUGCACAAGUCGCAAAAUAUCAGGCUGGUGUUAUUUCAUAUUCUUGGUACGAACAUUUGCUUGUGGUUUCGUGCCUUGUUUAGUCAUGCUCGAUUACUCUUUAAGUCAGUUAGUUUAGAAGGUCCACGAAGAUCAUGGUGUAGUGCUGAAGAUGUACCAAUGUCAAAGAUUUGGACCGCUAGUGAACCGUACCUGUAUCCAUUUACUAUGGAGUAUUCCCUCAUUGCAGGUGGCAUGCUGUAUACUAUGUGGAGUGGUAUGAGAGACUUGGACCCAGAUCCUCAAGAUAUUUACAUCUACGACGAAAUGCAAGACGAAGAAGACAAAGAGGAAAAGGCGAAAAAUUUUCUUGACGAUAGUUCGGGUUAUAUUGGUAGUGUGGCCAGCCCGACUUUAUCAAGAUCGCAUAGUCAUAUAUCGCUAUACAGUCGCGCAUCCAACCACUCUUUAUGUCGCUCGUGUCAAGAGUCGCAAGAGUCACACGAGAUCAUGGACACGUAUAAGCCAUCCGCGGAUCCAGGUUUCUUGUUGGGUAUCUUGCUGUCAACUUUACUCUUUAUAUCCAUCGCAUUUUUAUGGAUCGAUACGAACUCAUCCCACGCACUAAAAUUUUAUUAUCUAUACCAAAUCACGUUGCAUACAAUAAUGGUGAUUUGUUUAUGGCUGAUUUUAAAAGGACUGCAAAGUCAGCGAUCGUCUUGGUAUCCUUAUAAUUCAGAUGAUGCAUUGUUGAUAGUUUCGUUUACCGGUGUAUUCUUAUACGCAGGACUUAGUUUUACGGCAGCCGUAACCGAACUUAACGUCAUGCAAAGCAUGUCAACAUUGCUACUGAUUAAAUCUUCACUCGUAUUAAUCGAGUCAAUGUUACAAGUGACUGCAAUUGUGAAGGCUCUACGAUUUAGACCUUCUUUCAAAGGAACUCAGGGAGAUAUUGUUAGACAGGGUGCUUUAUUUCUACUCACAACGAACUUAGCAUUAUGGGGACAAGAUUCAUUUUUCGAAUUGCGUAACAUGGCCACGACGCCGAUACAAGUGAUGUUAUACGGAAGCACAACAUGGCGGGCAGUGACUAUAUUUGCGUACCCUUUGUGCAUUUUUUUUCGCUUUCACGCUGGUGCUUGCUUAUUCGAAGUAUGGAGUACAUUCAAACAAUACUAAUGCACAGUUUUUGUAUAUAAGAAUUACGCAUUUUUGUUUAAACUUCGUUAUUCUGACAGCUCUAUAAAGUCUCAAUUUAUUUUCAAUUGGAUGAUUCUUUUUGGGAAUACAUUAGAACCGAAAACAUAGAGAUAAAUACAAUUAUAUCUUUAUUCUGAAUAGCAACGAUUCUUCGUGGCUUCUUCCGACUCGCUAUAUGUUUUCUUAGUAAUACGAGUUUGAAAUUCAACUUAAUGCUUCUAAUUUUUAUGGGUAUUCAUUUUCGCGGACGAAGUUAAAUUAUCAUCAAAUAUAUUUGCGAUAAUUUUUUCUUAGUUUAAAUGAAAUUUUACUUUUUGAGAAUCCCUUGAAUUAUUAAAUUUGCCUGAACGCAACCUGGAAGAAUAUUUCGUAAUUAAGGUUCGCAAAUUCGACUAUUAGCUCUAUUAACGCUGAGACGUUUACAAAAUCCAAUGGCUUUGGUUUAUUCUUCCAAUGAUUUCGACAAGUUUUUAGACUUAAUCCUUAUAAAUUGGCUUGCUUAAGAAAUAUGAGGAAAAGAAGGGGAGGUCAUGCGGAUUGGAUAAUUUUUUUAUUAUUACGUUCACAUCAUCUUUGCUAAUUGUUUUUAUAAUUGACUUUUUUAUACGGUGUACUUUUGAUAACUUUUAAGUAAAGAAUAAAUGUGAAUUCUGUACGA